AAAAAAAAAGAUAAAAAGAUAAACUGUAUUCCUUGUAAAAUAAUUUUUUAUAAAUAAAAAAUAAUAAUGGACGCCGGCGGUGUGCAAGUUCAACAUCAACCGUCCAACCAAGACCCAACAAGACAAUCCUGGAGGAAUAACAGCUCAAACGGUGACCAAGGUAAACGUAGGGAUAGUGGUAGUAAUAAAUCUAAGCCUGCUAACUUGAAGUCAAUAAACGUGGAACGCGCUCAAAAUAUGAGUACGACCUCAAGAAACGUUUACAAUAAUAAUAUGCAACAAGGAGCACCUUCUAUCAGAACUCCAAAGACGGCUCAAUUUCCAAAACAAAAUCAUCAACAACAAAUGUAUGUAAUGCAACCAAAAACUGCUACUUUUGUUAAAAACGAUCAAAGACAACAACAAAUGAACUUACCUAGGUCUUCACCUCAAAUGUUGAAUUUAAAUAAUAGGUCAUCUCCACCUCAAACUGUUUUUAUUUCAAGGUCUCCUCCACAAGUACAUAACUUGUCUAGGAGUCCUCCUAAGAUAAAUAAUGGUAAUGUUCAGAAUAAUAAUUCUACUGCUUCAAACAAACAACAACAACAACAAAAGACGUCAAGUUCUAGACCUACACCAAAGCCGCUUAACUUGUCAAAAUCUUCAUCUCAAGUUCAUAACAAUUUGGGAAGAGUUCCUCAAACGGCUACUUUUCCUCCAAAAGUGAAUAGAGCCUUAAACCUUCCCAAUCCUCCUAAAUCGGCAACUCUUGUAAAACCAUCAUCUGGUUUUCCAAAAGACAUCAGACAAUCAAUUAGACAACCACAAUCAGCUACGAUUCCUCAACAGGCAUACACUUAUGUAUAUGGAUAUUUACCUUCCGAUGGUUACAAUGGUGCUGAUAAUUUUGAUCUAAAUUACAUCAUUCCAUACGAAGAAGAAGCUGAAGAAGGUCCAUAUUGCUAUUAUUAUUAUGACUAUCCACAAGAAUAUAUUCCUCCUCAAACACCAACCGGGACGUCGCAUCAACAACGUUCUAGCACAACUCCCUCAACUGCAAAAGAAGAGAGACGUAGAAGUGUGUUUGGGGGUCCAAUGAAAGUACAUCCUGACGCGGUUUUACCUAUUCGUCAACCUAAAGGCCCAGAUAUGGCUAAAAACUUCGCUACUCGUAUUCGUCGUAAAGCUGUUAAUAAACUUUUUGCGGCGGCUGCUGAGAGACGAAGUAAAUCGGCUGCUGACAGGAGAAAAUCCGCAUUGUUCUAAUUGGAGAUUUUGGUGAUAUUGUAAAUCAUCGUAUGCAAUCGCGUCUUUAGAAAUAAAACUGAGUUGCAUAAAAAUUUAUAAAUUUUGUAAGUUUAUACAUAAAAAAAAAAAUAUAUACAUAUCUUGUGAUAUAUUUAGUAAUAUAGCAGUAGAAUUUCUUUUUAUUGUAGUCUUAAAUAGGCUUUGAUGUCUUUUUUCUUCUACUUAUUGAAUAUAUUGUAAACAAAGAACAAAAAAAAACAAAAAGAUUUUUUUUAUCGUAAAGCCUUUUUAUUUCGCCACUUUUUUUUCUUAGUUACUUUAUUUUUUUUUCUUUGUAAAGGACAUUUUGGGAGAAAAAAAAUCUUUUUUCCUUUUUUUUUCUAUUAUGAAAUAUAUAAUAUAUACAUAUAUUUUAUUUUUUUAUUUUUGGAUAAUUAUUUAAUUAUUUAUUUUUUUUCUUUGUAAUAUUUGAACACAUGAAAAGAUUUUUUCUUUUCUUUUUUUUUUUU